GACAAGAAGUCUACAUACAUGAUGCAGAUUGUAGAUUGAAAUGUUAUCGAAGAAUAACUUAAAAUAUUUCUGCCAAGUGAUUUUUGUUAUCUUUCCUACAUAAUUAUUUUUUCUAACGUUUACUUAAGGUACUUGAAAUGGGUUGGGUAUUAGAGGUAGCCAAGAUGUUUCUCUAUUUAUCGUUUCCUGUUGGAAUAUUUCACUAUGUCAAUCAGCCAGCCUACUUUGAUAAGUGGGUGAUACAAGCAAAAAAGGAAUAUUUCCCAAUUCAGAGUAAACAGGUGCAUAAGGAGAUGGAUGACUUUAUUCACGACUUCAAUGCUAAAAUUCAAAAGAAACAUUUGGACUCUAUGGAGAGACAGAGUAAAAACAAACAGUGAAGAAAAUAUAUUGUAAUGUUUUCAAUUGUGAUAGUAGUAGUAAAAUUUAUUUUUUUGUACAA